AUGAAUCAACUGGAGUACUUCGUGGCGAGUUCGGAGAGUGCGAGGUCAGACGCCUGGCGUUAUGUUCGUCGACUCAGGGAGUUAGAUUUCCGAAUCGAUGAGGAACUGGAUCGCCUCCGUGAGAUUGCACAGGCCAUGGAGAAGUUCACCGCUGGAAAGAAAAGGGAGCAAGUUAGCAGAGAAAACGGAUACCAGCGUAAGAAUGGAAAACGAGGGCGAUCUUCUUCGCAGGAAAGAGGUGCAAGUGCGACAUUGAUUGAUGAUAGUGCGUCGGAUGAUGCGUCUGUUGUGUCCAUGGAGCCACACCAUGCCCAGAUGCUCAUGGAUUAUCGCAAAUGUCGACGGCGCGCUUACCGGUGCGCACUGGAGCGGGAGAAGGUUGCAGCUGAACUAAAGGCAUGCGGCGAUGAAAUGACCGAAUACCUUGCAAUCCGAAUGGCACACUUAAAACAAACACUACGCAAUACUGGAAGUUCUCUUUUUUAG